AUGCCGAUGCUGCUCCACCAGCCGCUACUGCUCCUGAACGCCAGUGCCGACCACCAUCUCCCAUGGCGCAGGAGCUCCCCAAUCUCCUCUUGCCAGGGCGCCGUCGCUGAGCUCGCCCUGCCCCAGCCAUGGACGUCGUCGGGCCACCCGUCUCCUAUCUCCCCUCGCCCUCAUCCUCUAGCUGCUGCCCCUUCCUAUUCCUGGUGGCUGAGUCUUAUUCCAUGGAUGCUGGCCGUGCUGCCCUCCUUGGUGCUCACCUCUGCCCCCUGCGUUGGAUGGCCUGUUGCUCCUGCCCUAGAUUAUCCUCGUGCCCGGCCACGGUACAACAACAACAACCAUGAAACCCCAUCUUGUCGCGCCCUCUAUGUGUUCGAUGAAAUACCGCAGCGAGCUCCAACUCGAUCUGCACAGCCCUUGCGCGACGUCACAAACUCCGCUCGUUGUCGAUGUCGUGCUUCGUGCAUCGCGUGUUCGACGAAAAUCCCAAGUCCAUGACAGCACAUGCACAACUCAAAUCCGAUUGGCCAGGUUGUUUGAUGUGUAUUUUACUCAUUUGAUUUAGUUGAUGAUGUGUUUGUAUGUGUGGGGUGAUGAGAAAAAUAAAGGAGAUGCGUCGUUCGGUAGUAAGGAUUAAGUUAAAAUGUAGUUUAUGGUGUGAAGAGUGUGUCGAUAAAUAUGUAUGCCAUUGAGUGGUUAAAUGUUGUGUUGAUCGGCUAGAGGUCCUAUACAAGUGUCGUCGCUGUCCAAAAAUUUAUUUGGAAGCAAGUAGUGUCGAUGCUUCGAUUUCGGUUGAAGUCGGAGAAUAAUUCGAGGAGGUAUAUAUGCGAGUACUUUAAGUU